AUGCGUCCCAACAACAACGUCACUGUGCGAAGUCGUCUCUUCUCAUUGCAACAGAAGCAGGAGCAGACGCAGGCUGCACUAAUGGAGGAAGGAGAACGAAUUGAGAUGGGGACACGGAUCGUCCAUCCUGUCGCUGCGUAUGAAGCUGGUUGCCCUGUCUUCCCACGAAACAAACUUGAAGAAUCAACGGCAGCGGUUGAAAGAAUCGAGAACUACGAAAUUGAGGGCCGAAGGUAG